UAACCACCACCCUUUUCGGGCAUGUAAAAUUCCGACGUGUCACUCCAUCAGCACUAUACGUGGUCACCACGCUCCUACAGUCCUCGUGGGCCUUAACCCCAAAACUAAUCUUGAUUCUUGUUUACAGAAUGCAGACAAAAAGGUCAAUUCAACACAAGCUUUUUUUUACUCUAUAGAAUAAAGUGAUUUUUCACUGUCGUCUGACAAUUCUCGAAAAGAAAAGGUACUCUCUCUCGUUCUCACUUUCCUAUCCAUUCUUGAGAGAGCGAGUACAUUCUUUUUCUCCUUUAUUCAUUUUCUCAGUAUUUUCAAUGAUUCAGUCCCUUAUUAUGGGCCUAUGGCAAUGUGAGAUUUCUUUGUUCGUAUAUAAAAAUCUUGUCCUUUUCCCUUUUCAGUUUUCUGCAAAAACCCACAAUUCUUAAAGCCUCCAUCUUUAUCAAUCGCCUUCUCGUUUUCCUUUAUUUUCUGGCCUCUCAAUUUUCCCUUCUUUUCUCGAAGGAUCUGCUAAUUUGGUGAUACUCAGACUCUCCCCUGCUUUCUCUGUCAGAACCUGUGCAUAACACAGGCUGAGUUGAAAUUAUUUUAGCAGCUCACAAAUACAACGAAAAAAAAAAAUGAAGAAGAUUGUGCUGAAUUUGGAUUUGCAAGAUGAUAUAGACAAGAGGAGGGCUAUGAAAACAGUCUCUACUCUUUCAGGAAUUGAUGAGAUCACCAUUGAUGCCAAAGCAAAGAAACUAACGGUGAUUGGAACAGUCGACCCCGUGACAGUAGUAAGCAAGCUGCGGAAGAAGAAUUGGUGGGUGGAUAUCAUCUCUGUGGGCCCGGCCAAAGAGCCCGAGAAGAAAGAUGAGCCCAAGAAGGAGGAUGGCCCAAAGGAAGAACUGAAGAAAGACGAGCCCAAGAAGGAAGAAGAGAAGAAAGAGGAGCCCAAGAAAGAUAACGAAAAAAAAACCGAACCCGAAUUUGUCAUGGGGACAGUAAUGCCUUUCAGGCAGUACUAUCCGCCAGUGAACACAUACUACUAUGUGAACCACAGCAUGGAAGAAAAUCCAAAUGCCUGUGUCAUUUGCUAA